UGAAACCUUUGAAAUUAUAGAGUUAUUGUCAAUCUGUCCACAAACUCGGGAAGAAUUCAAGAAUUCAACAUGCCAAAUCUACCUAAAGAAUACAAGGCGGCCGUCUUCGAGGCCAAAGGAGAGCCACUCACCUUUAAGCAGGUGCCGCUAGAAUUGCCCAAGCCUGGAGAGGUCUUGGUCAAAGUGCUGGCUUGUGGUGUGUGCCACUCCGACAGCGCUGUCCAACACGCCUUGUUUGGGAACUCAUUCCCCAUCAUCCCUGGUCACGAAGUCAUUGGGGAGGUCGCCGCCGUCCCAGAUACCGAGAAGCGUUGGAAAGAGGGUGACCGAGUCGGCGCGCCGUGGCACGGAGGCCAUGACGGGACGUGCAAGUCGUGUCAGCGUGGGCUGUUCCAGAUGUGCGAGAAGGAACAGAUCAACGGAGUCACGCGGGACGGCGGAUAUGCCGAAUAUGUUACAUUGCGAACCGAAGCGGUGGUUUCGAUUCCUCGAGACGUCGACCCAGCUGCCUUCUGCCCAUUGCUCUGUGCCGGAGUGACAGUCUUCAACUCCUUGCGCAAUCAGAACGUCCUUCCUGGCUCAGUUGUAGCCGUGCAAGGCUUAGGGGGGCUUGGGCAUCUGGCAUUGCAAUACACCAGUCGUAUGGGGUAUAAGACAGUUGCGAUAUCUAGCAGCUCCGAAAAGAAGGACUUCGCUAUGCAACUUGGAGCCCACGAAUACAUCGAUGCGUCACAGGGCGACAUUGGUGAAGCAUUGCAAAAGAUGGGCGGAGCCAGUUGUAUUAUCUUCACUGCGCCCAACCAGAAACUCAUCCCACCAUUGCUACAGGGAUUGGCCCCAUUGGGCAAACUCCUCAUCCUCGCGGCCUCUGCGCCCGUUGAAGUCAACACAGCCUCGAUGAUCCGCCAUGGCUUGAGCAUCGUGGCGUGGCCGAGCGGACAUGCCCUCGACAGUGAGGAAGCAAUCGACUUUGCCCGGGUGCACGACGUCAAUGUGAUGAUUGAAAAAUUCCCGUUGGACAAGGCUAAUGAGGCUCUGGAGAAGAUGGUCGCCGGAAAGGUUCGAUUCCGCGGUGUGGUGAUCCCGAAUUGAAUGAAAUGGUCAUGAGAUACCGUGAUGGAACACAGCGAGCGCAGCAUUGUACCUUGGAAUAGCCAUGCUAUCGGGUUGGGGGAUGCAGAAAUUGGAAUGCCAGCUGUUGUUUCUUAAAGGGGCCAACCGUUUCGUCCGUG